AUCCUAUGUGAACCAAUGGAAACUCAGCACGUGCCCGCAUCUACUGCGCCUGGCAGCAGCGUAACGCUAUUCCCCGCGCUUUUAAAGAUACGAAACGAGGACCUGGAGAGAUUCACUGGGACGUGGUGCGCUGAGGACCAGGGUCGGAGAGAGAGAAAAAAAAUAAUGUCAUCGUUCGGAUCCGGGUCGACCCGCCCGUUCGACGACGACGGGUACACGGGCUUCGAUCCUCCGCUCGUGUCCAAGAGAUUCGGCUCGUUCUCGAACUUCGACGCCGACUCCGUCAACGACUCGUCGCCGAUAUUCUCCAACGAGCCAUACCUCACCGGAGACGACGCGUUCAGCUCUCAUCCGGUGCCCCGAACUCAAUCGCUGCCGUCGAUGUACUCCAAAGGUGGACCGUCGUUACCGUCUCCGGCUGAGAUGGAGCCGGACGAGGGCUCCCCACUGAAAGAGUGGCGAAGAAUAAACGCGCUUGAGUUGGAGGAGAAGGAGAAGAAGGAGAAAGAGAAGUUGCAGAGGAUAAUCGAAGAAGCAGAGGCUUACAAGGUGGAGUUCUACAGGAAGCGUCAGCUCAGCGUUGAGAAGAAGAAAGCGUCGAACAGAGAAAGCGAGAAGGUGUUUGUGGAAAAUCAAGAGAAAUUUCAAGCAGAGGCUGAGAAAAAUUACUGGAAAGCAAUCGCAGAGCUUAUACCUCGCGAGGUGGCAGCGAUAGAGAAGAGGGGGAAGAAGAGAGACAAAGACAAAGACAAGAAGGCUUCCGUGGUUGUGGUUCAAGGGUCAAAGCCUGGGAAGCCAACCGAACUCUCGAGAAUGCGUCAGAUUCUUGUGAAGCUUAAUUACAAUCCUCCUCAGCAUAUGAAGCCCAAACCAGAACCAACAGGUCAACCCAAACAAGAUGCUAAAGCAAUUGUGAUUAAUGAAGCUGUAGCUGCUGCUUAGAAGGAGUUAAUUGUGAUUAGAGAUUGUUGAUUUUGUAUGAUGAUCCUAGAGUUAAUCAUAAUUUAGAACUUAAAUAAUAAUUUUUGUUUUAAUGAAA